GGAAAUUCAUCCGAUAGAUGACGCUAGGGAGCUCGUUACUAAGAGUUUUCUUCUUCCCCUCUUCCCAUCCGUGAUCCGUCCGUCAUUCUCAGCCUAGUUUUCUUUUUAUGUUACAUAGACGGCAGUUGCCCGUAAAUUUAUUCUCGUAUAAUGGCUGCCACGCUAUGUGUUUAACUUAUUGGUUAUGUCAUGUCAAAAGUGUUUUCGGAUGGGUGUGAUAAACGAAUAACUCAACAAGUGUUACGGAACAAUCAUCGCAUGAAAGUUGUUAAAGUAGCAUUCUCCCUGGAACGUUUCUUCUUUCAUGUUUCCUUUUUUGGCACUAAAGUUAUGGACUCAAAGUUUUUGUAAUUUAAGUAAUGAAAACAUAAUCUAUGCUGCGUAAAAAGUGUAUAUCGGGACCAUAUUGAGUGUCAAGUGCAUCAGAAGAUAGCUAUAAUGACGGAUCAGCGAUCGUCGUCAGCCUUGUUCAAGAGAGCCGAGCAGCUGAAGCGUUGGGAAGAAUCGGACACCAACAAACAGUCGCCGAUUCCGAAACGAGCGUCGAGAAUACAGUUUUCGCCAGAGAUUGUUUUUCUAGCAGCUUGCACUGCAGGCGAUAAGGAUGAAGUCCAGAGACUUUUAAAGAUGGGCGCAGACAUAAACACAGCGAACGUGGACGGGCUUACGGCGCUGCAUCAGGCAUGCAUCGAUGAUAAUCUGGAAAUGGUCGAGUUUUUGGUGGAACACGGGGCUGAUGUAAAUAAAGGAGACAAUGAAGGCUGGACCCCAUUACAUGCCACUGCAUCGUGUGGGUUUCUCAGUAUAGCUAGGUACCUCCUUGAAAAUGGCGCAGACGUGGCCGCUGUGAACUAUGACGGAGAACUGCCUGUAGAUAUUGCAGAUGAAAAAAUGAAGGACUUUUUGGCUAAAAUUAUUAGCGAUAAAGGUAUUGACUGCGAGAAAUCAAGGUGUGCGGAAUUAAAUAAUUUACUACGCGAUGCCAGGUACUGGGCGGCGAACGGUUAUUUUGAAGUGAGGGAUCCGAAGACGGGUGCGACUCCGUUGCAUGUUGCAGCGGCCAAGGGUUAUUUAGAUGUUGCACAAAUUCUACUAGAAGAAUGCAAUGUGGAGCCCGACUGUGGAGAUUACGAAGACUGGACACCUCUUCAUGCGGCCGCGCUUUGGGGCCAACAGGAAGCUGCAGCGUUGUUGUUAAAACAUGGGGCAGAUCCCAAUCUGAAAAAUUUCUCAGGUCAGACUUGUUUGGAGAUCGCGGAUCCCUCAAUAUCCACGUGGUUGUCAGAGGCAUCCAUGAAAGCGCCGCGUCGUAUCAACAACAACAAUAAUAAUAAUAAACGCAAGAGGAGUCCAUCAAGACAUGAAAUGAAGCGAGUCGAGUUAGAGAUUACUGAAAAAACUGAUAAUGUCAUAAAUGAUAAGCCGCCAGCAGCUCCAGAGAUUAUUCCUAAGAUACCUGACGGAAAGCCGCCGAAAAGCUGUGCGCCGUCGCCCGACCCUACUGAGCCUGUCACGGACAACGCGGCUAUGGACGAAGCGCCCUCGUGGCGUCGAUCAGCGUCGUUCCGUAAUAGGCAACAGGACAGCGGGCGUGAGAACAAGGCCGCUAACAACAAUGUAGACUGUGAUACGAUCCUCAGGAGAACGCACAGUUUUGAAAAUGAUAAAACUUUCUAUCAACGAUAUCGCGACGUGACAGCGCGUAUAAAGGCGACCUCGUGCCCGUCUAUACCGCCGCUGCCGCAGUCCACGUUGGCUUCAAUCGAGCUAAGGAAAAAGAGUCUGGAGGCUACUAACAAUGCAACUGAGAGUACUAAUGAGGAUGUUCAGACCAGAAUAAACCCAAGCGACAGAAGAGAAAGAGAAGCAAAUACGUGGAACGCUCCCUCCAAUAACAGUGCCACUGUCUCGCCGACUAGUACUGCACAGACCAUUAGGAGCUCCUCGGAGAGCGUAGAGUCGAACAGUAGCAAUUCUACACCGAGCACGGCUACUCCGACCAAACUGUCGCCUGGGAACAUAUUCAAGAAUUUCUUCAAGUCAUUCGUACCUCCGGUCCGGGAUGAAGAAAGCGAAACUCAAAGGAAAGCGCACGCCAAACGAGUUCGCGAGACGCGGCGAUCCACGCAGGGGGUGACUCUUGACGAGAUCAAAUCUGCUGAACAGCUAGUAAAGAAGAAAGCCGGUAAUGGAACAACGGAACCUUCCUCGCCAACGACCCUGCAGAAGCCCGAUUGCACUUCCACCACAGAUCACGCGGCUCGCAGCGCCAUGAGCGGCAGGGACGUCGCCGUGACGCUCGCACUGGCGUGCGCGACUGCGACCGCCACCGCGACUAUUGCGGCCAACAGUGAGCGGCGCCCUUCGUGGCGGCUGCGACUCGACCCUACUAAUAAGUUCGAGUUGGAGGACGCCGGGCAGUCGGCGCCACGGACGCCGCCCGCUGCAAAGGCGAUCGUGCUGCGUUUCCCGCCAUUCUCCCCCGUUUCAACGAAACAAGUCGUUUCGUCGACGAAGAAGAAUAAUCGUACCGGAGAAGAAGAAAAAGAACGCGAAAGCAGUUCAGAAAGCAAAUCUUCAUCGUCGCCAGCAAGCACGCAAGCGGCGCUCAACGUAAUACAGCGCAGGCGACGGCCGAAGCGACGAUCCACCGGAGUCGGUCAUGUUGAUAUGGACGAUAUUGUCAACGACCGUGGUGGAGGCGGCGAAGGUGAUGGAGACUCGGAAAACGUUCAGUCUGGCAGCGAACGCACGGAAGACGUCGAGGAGCGUGACUACAAAGCCUUGUACGAGGCGUCGCAAAGUGAGGUGCGCCGUCUACGUGCGUUGCUGACGACGUCGGAGCAACAGUUGCGCGACGCUCGUUCAACUAUAACGAGGCUCUCACAAGUGAAUCAGAAUUCGCUGUCCGAGAUAGAAAAGCGAGAAAGGAGGGCAAUGGAGAGGAAGUUAUCGGAAAUGGAGGAAGAGUUGAAGGUAAGGCAAUUGCAAAAACUAAAAGCCGAGAACGAAAGGCUGAGGGCAGAGAACCGUGCUCUAACGCGGGUCGUCAGCAAACUGACCAACUCUGCCGCCAAAUAGCAUCAGCAAACACUGCAGGCUGAGAACCAGCGGUUGAAAGAUGAGAAUGGCGCGCUAAUACGAGUGAUCAGCAAACUCUCUAAGUGAGUGUUGGGACAUAGUAGUAGUUUAUGUACACUCGUUUCCUAAAAUAAAUAGUUUGUAUAUACCGUUGGGAACCUUGAUAAUACAGAAUGAGAUGUAGUCCAAUUUGUAGUCACGCAAACCUUUUGGUUGCACUGUUAUAUAAAUUGCAAUUAUUUGUUGCAAUAUAAAAAAUUAAAUCAAAUCAUUAAAUCAUAUACAAAUAUUCCGCGCGUAUGCAACGCUGCUGACAAUAUGUGUAAGAUCAUAAACCGACUUGUUAUGCGCUUUAUUAUUUAUUUAUUGUUCAAAUUUUUCGAACUUUAUUUAAUUUAAAUUAUCAUACACUUUAACAUUCUCUCAUUAAUUUAAUAUCUCAUUCUUAGCAUAUUUAUAAAAUAUGUUUACAAAAAUAAAAUUAAAAGAAAUAAUAUUAUUAUAUUAAUAUUAUUUCAAUUACAUAAUAAUGUUAUUGUUUACAAAUAUAACAUUAUUACAGUGCGACAAGGAUCUUUUGGCACUUGAAUGACUUGAAUAAUAAACACCUUUGAUAGGUCACACAUUUGAAACCUAUCGUUUACCUGCUCUAAUACUAUACUUACCUCGUGCUAAGUAUAGCUAUUAGAUGCAGACACAUUAAUGCCGUAUCUGUACAGGAUAUAUCGUGAAGUUACGAGUAAGUAUACGGAGGCUCGGAACGAAACGUUAGUUCCGAUUCUAGCCACGCGCCAAAAGAUGCUUGUCGCGCUGUAUUCAUUAAUUCUAAAAUUGUUUAUAGUGAAAAAUUUAUCACAAAAAAGUAUUGCAUAAUUAAUAUAUUAGAACUAUUGUUCAAAUUUAGUUGUUUUGAGAAUGAAUAUGAAAUGAUAUCAAUUAAUGACUUGUCUUCUGGCUGCGGUGCCUUCGCGCGGUAUAAAUACUUAUACAAGCGGUUAUUUUGAAUGCAGUUUUUUUAAAUGCAUUCUGCAUUUCAUUAUGUUAGUCUUUGCAUGUAGAGAUAUAUUAUUAUACAUACAUAACAAUAGAACAUUAUUAAAAUGUUAAUUUUGAUUAUUUUUUAUUAAUACUGCAAUGGUUUAAUAGGAAUAACUCAAUAUUUUUUUUGAAUUGAAAAACCUACAGUUAAAAUACCUAAAUUUAAUAACCUGUGAUUGAAAAACCUUUAGUUAAAUAUACUAUAAUUCAUAUUGUACUCUUGUACUAUAAUUUAUUUGUUUUGAGAUACGAAUAUGAAAUGAAAUAAUGACCAAUGAAUGACUUGUCUUCUGGCUGCUAGUAUAAAUACUUAUACAAGCGGUUAUUUUGAAUGCAGUUUUAUUAAAUGCAUUCUGUAUUACAUUAUGUUAUUCUUUACAAUUAGAGCAAUGCAUGCGAGAGUUGUUGUUAUUUUUUUUAUAUAAACAUUACUUACUUUAGUAAACUUAAUUUUUUUUGAAUUGAAAAAUCGAUUGUUUAAUUCAUAUUGUACUAUAAUUUAUUUGUUUUGAUUUUGAUUAAUUAAUGAUUCUGAUUGAGCUGCCUUCGCGCAGUAUAAUUACUUAUACGGGCCGUUAUUUUUGUGCACUUUUGUUAGAGGGAUUCUGUACAUCAAUUGUCGCAUGUAGAGAUGUAUUAAUUUUGUUUUGAUGGAAUUAUUAUUAACGAAGUCUCCAACUGUUUAUAACGAACAAUUUAGUCAAUUUUGUGAAUUGAAAACUCUUUUGUUUAGUUAAUAUUGUGUGUGCAAUAGUUUGCAUAAUGUAUUUGUUUUGGAUUUGUUCCCUUGCUGCGCCACCUUCGCGCAGUAUGCUGAUGAUAGUGAAUUUAUAUAGUUGUUUAAAUCUUAUUUUACAAACAAUACGAACAACUUAAAUUAUAGCCUUUAAUAGUUAUAAAUGACAUGAGUAAAAUAAGGUAGAGAUAGAUAUAAGGGGCAGUACUCCCUAAGAUAUAAUUUUUCAUCACAACUUAUGCCUGUCUUCUCAAAACAUAGCGUGGCUGUUAGUACUUAAAUAAUUUUGUUAUUAGUAAUGGAUGUUUAUUUUAUGCGAUCUAAUUGCAUGUUUUUCAAGUUUAUUUCUGCCAUAUGCGAGGUUACAUCACAAUUAAUGUAUUUCAUAUCAAGCUGUUCCCAAAAUAGCCUUUGUAUUGAUAUAUUCCUAAAGAUAUAUAAGUGUAAAGUAGAAUAGCAUUAAAUAAAACUUUUAUAGAUAGCAUGAAGAUUGAAGGCGUUACAAUUAUUACUAGUUAAUACAUAUAUAUCUCGAAUUUCUGAUAUAUAUUGAUAGAUUAUAUGUAUAGCUUGUUUUGUAAGCAAUAGUUGCGAAAUAAUAAAUUGGAAAUGUGAUAUAAUCUCUUACUAAACCUUUGAUCAAGAGUAUGAACUUUAAUAUUAGGAAGAAUAUAUUGAUUUAUAAAUAAUGUAAUGAAUAUAUGGUAAAUGUAAUGUGCGAUUGGUUAGUGUUUAUUAUCGUAGUGCAAGUUAGAUUGUUAGUAAUUUAUCACAACUAUUCGUACUCGUACCAUAACUUGCACUUCUGUAAUGUAUAAUGAGCUUUUUUGGUUUAAAUAAUUUAUUUGGUUUAAAAUAAAUAUUAUGUUCAAUGUCUGA